CCGUGUGCGGCUCAGUCGGGUCGGGCUGCUCCGGGCGCAGCGCCCCCUCCAACGGCGGGGCUUCUCAGAGCUGGUUGACUAUCCCUCCCAUCACCCCCAGCCCAAGGGCCCUGCAGCUGAGGAUGCUGGGAGUUGUAGUCCACCACCUCCGGGGAUCCCUGCUAGAGGGGACCGCACAGCACUCGGUGGGCGAAUCAGCCUUGCUCGGAGGCCCCGGGAGGCAACUCUGUCUUCUCGGAGGGCUGCUCCUAACCGCUGCUCUUCUCCCUCCUCGCGCCUGGAGCUGAGAGAGCCUGGAUCCCGUUAAUGAUCGUCCCUCUGAAGAAGGAGGAGGGAGUGCUGCUCCCCAUGCACGUGUGAAUGGGCUGUUCGGGGAAGGAGGUGCACGCCGUUGACACCAGGCUGUAGGUGCUGACCCUAACUCCUGGUGAAGAUGCCUUCUCGGACAAAUCUCACAACUUCCGUUCCCAGCAGCAAAGUGAAAUACUCCAAGCUUGCCAGCACAGAUGAAGGCUACAUUGACCUGCAGUUCAAGAAGAGCCCUCCCAAGAUCCCCUACAAGGCAAUUGCGCUGGCGACGGUGCUCUUCCUGAUUGGCACGCUCCUCAUUAUCAUCGGCGCCCUCCUCCUCGCAGGAUACAUCAGCAAAGGGGAAACGGAUCGAGCUAUCCCGGUCCUGAUCAUUGGGAUUCUGGUCUUCCUUCCUGGCUUCUAUCACCUGCGCAUUGCGUAUUUUGCUUCCAAAGGCUACAGAGGCUAUUCCUAUGAUGACAUCCCCGAUUUUGAUGACUAGAAGGUUCUGCAGAGUGUGGAUCCUGCAGAAGUUCUGUGUGGUGGGGACUAGAUUGCCAUUUGAGUCCCAGGAGCAAAAGGCCGAACCUCUAAGAUAACCAACUCUAGUGUUGGGUGAUAUAUCUUUGCAGCAAUUGUAAAAAUUGGCUGGGGGUUUCUGCACAAUUUCUCUCUCUCUCUCUUUUUCUUUGUCUAAACUCAAGGAGGUUGGUUGCAACAUCACAUGAAGUUGAUCACGUGAGCAGCUGCCUGGUAAAGCAUUUCUCCUUCAAGAAGAGAAGUUCUUGAUGGGCCACAUUGUGCUACUGGCCAGCAGGAUGUAUGCAGUGGUUGGUGUGAGAAGUCUAUACAGAUUUGUUCGAUCUUUUAAAAUAUAUAUAUGUAUGUAUAUAUAAAUACUAUAUGACUGUAUGAAAAAAUUCAUAUAGUCUCUGGAGAAGAGCACUUGUAAGCUGAGAUCUGGACCAUGUGACACAUCCCCUCUGGGCUGCAGCAAAAUGAUCAGGGAUUGAGAAUUCUUCUCUUUGGGGCAAUUGAUUGAGACUUACGAUAAAUGAGGGUCGUCUGUAAUGCCAUCUCCAAUGCAAAACUGACUGAGCAACUCUGCUGAUGGCAGUUACCUGUUCUCGCUAACCCUCUUGCUACACGCAGUUGUCCACCCAAAAAGUAGGAUGUGACCAUUUUGCUUACCUAGAAUUUUAAGACAGCAAAUGUGGGGUCUGAAGCAGGGAGGCAUUGCGAUAGGGCCUCAGGCUGCUUUGUAGCACUCGGGACCUGACUGGGGUCCGUCGGAACACAAGGCUGUUUCUUAUUUGUCCUGUCUUGGGAAUUGGUCCAGGGCACAUCCCAACAUCAAUCCCAACUAAGUAAUACAUAAACGUAGGCUAAAUCAUGAAAGCCACAGACAUGAAAUCCCUAGCUAUGAAAUCCCAGUUUUCCAGAGACACGCACUCUGCCUCUGUUCCCUAUCUCUCCUCAAUGUGAAGAGCAAAAAAAUUCCUCUCUUGAGGUUCUACUACCCUCAAUGGACAGAAAAACAUACAUACUGUAUAUUAUUUACUUGCACGCAUGCAGUCAUAUACACACACCCAAAUUGAUCUUUGGGAUCAUCCUUCACCUUUAUGGUUGAUUCCAAAUGCAUUGAGGUUAGUCUUUUUCGUUCCAAGUGACCCGGAACAGAUCAGGGCUAAUGGUACAGAUGGCAUGGCAAAGGUUUCCCGACUCUUCAGUGUGCACCACCAGAUAGGACCCAAGCAUUCAAAGAUGCUGCUUUGUCUGUUCACUCUCAGUGAUGUGCUCCUGAAUUCUGUAAUUUAAUGUCACACAGAGAUGCACUCACACGUGCGUGCACUCUCUUGUGCUCUCUCUCUUCAUUUGGUGAUUUAAAAAAAAACACCUAUGUAGUUGUCUCUGGAUCACUGACUAGAUUUUCAACUUGUAGGAUGUAAAAGAGCAUAAAUGAAACAUUAACCUACAGUUGCUGAAUAUGUAUUUCUUAUGAAUAAAGAAUAUGACACUGGU